AUGUCGCACAGUCAGAAUUCCACCGCCAUGGUCAUGGGCGCCGGCGAAUGCGAGAUGGAGAUGCUCUGGAACUGGCGCAUCGUCGACUCGUGCAUCCUCGCCGGCUCCUGGCACAUCAAGAACAACGCCAUGUUCGCCGCGAGCUGCAUCGGCGCCGCUCUGCUGGUCGUCGCCCUCGAAUUCCUGCGCCGAUUGAGCUCGGAAUGGGACGCAUUUCUCCUUCGCCAGUUUCAGCGACAGCUGCGCAUCCAGCAGGGCGCCCUCGCCGCUGCGGCUCCCGCAAACUGCUGCGACGGGCCGGCGGCAACGCUCGGGACCCACUAUGCCACGUUUCGCGCCACCUCGCUCCAGCAGCUGGUUCGCGCCAUCAUCCACGGCAUCACGCUGGGCCUCGCCUACUUGCUCAUGUUGGUCGUCAUGUCAUUCAAUGGCUUCAUCUUCAUCUCGGUAAUCCUGGGCGCGAUAUUGGGCAAGUUCCUCUGCGACUGGAUGGUGGUGCGGCUGCCGUUCGAGGCCGUCGACCGGGAAGUCAAGGACGAGCGAAGGACGUCGGUCGCAGCAGCAGGGCCGACUGGAUGUUGUGCAUGA